UGAGUGUAGAAAUCAACCGAAGUCGGACACGAGAAGAUGGCGACGACAGGCAACACGGAGGGCGUGGUCCAUGAUGCAUCCAAGCAGCGCUUUGCGAUCUACUCUACCGCCGACAACCAAGAAAUCGGCUACUUGGAGUACGAGCAGCGCCAACCGACGUCGAACACGACAGUGCUGGACCUCCAGCACACGGUUGUCCAUCCCGCAGGCAGGGGCCAGGGGUUGGCACAGAAACUAUGCGACGCAGCGUUCGUAUACGCGCGCGACCAAGGCUUCAAGGUCAUUCCAACGUGUUCGUACAUCAGCGACACGUACUUGAAACGAUCGACGCUCCCUGACGCGGCACACCUCGUGUACACCGGACAACAAGGCGACAACUAACUACAGUACUACUAGUACUCGUCACUAGUAAGCCAGAGAUUGCAUUAACAAGUGUGUCUUAAUCGGUCUUGACAAAGCCGUCGACGGUAGUAAAGUCGUUGUAGAAUGCCUUGAACAGCGCGACGGACUUCUCGACGUCGGAGACGCCGCACAUUUCACGGAUGCUGUGCAUGCUCAGCUGGGCCACGCCCACAUCGAUGGUGCGGAUACCCGUGUGCGUCGACAAGAUCGGGCUACAUCCAUCACACACGACAUCAGAAAUCUAACAAUACAAAGCUACUACCAUACAAAUAAUCAUAUAAAUAAUAAUAAAAAUAAUAUAAUUUCACCAUUUCACAUACACAAUCGACCGACCAAUCAAAACCCACAACAGUUUCAAGUGGCCAAUCAAACUCGUGCAUACUAGCAAAUCCGUAUGACUUCAAAUAGUGUGAAUGGCAAACUUGACAUACACUAAUAAUAUAGUAUAACUACAACACACACCGAUAUAGAUGGAUUUGGCGAAAAUCAGCAGAAAUAUACACCUCUUUGAGCUGAACGGCACCAUUCAUAAAAUAUAUAAGCUCCUCCACAUCCAUAUAUAUAUACAUAUACCCUUUCAAAACGACAUGCCGUUCAAGUACUAUAUAUAUAUAUCACAACAUAUACAUAGAAGUUGUAUGUUUAC